AUGUCCAGCGCAACUCAUCUGUCUACCCACGACCAGGUCGUUCUGUCGAAACUCCUCAAUCCGGGCGAGCUGGAGGAGCCUACUCAGGCCCAGCAAAAACGCAUCCAGGUCAACGCCUAUCUUCCCCCAGACCAACACGUUUCUGUGGAGCUUGUGGAGAAGUUUGUGCAGAUUGAGAAGACGGUGAUUGAGUCUGUUGACAAAGACGACUCUGUGGCCAACGUCAAACGCGCCAUCGAGAAGCUCAAAGAGAUCAUUGUCGAGGCCCCCAAAUACGCCUCCGUCUACAACAACCUGGCUCAACUUGAACGGAUUUUGGACCAGAAAGGCGAGAAAUCCGCCUCAAAGCUGGAUGUCAUCUCCAAUUUAGAACGAGCAAUCAAGCUGGCUGGUCCCGAUCAGCUGAUCAUUUCAAAGAUGCAGGGUACGGUGCUGCAGCAGGCUUAUGCUCAGCUGGGCCAGAUUUACAUGGAGGGUAGAAACAACGAAGGCGACUCGUGGGGAGACGAGGAGAAGGCGUCUGAGUGUUUCCGACGAGCAGGAGAGUACGGCAACAAGAUUGCUGCCGAGCUGGCUGUCAAGGUCAAUCCCUACGCUCGUCUGUGUGGGAACAUUGUCAGAGAAGCUCUAAUUGAGGAGGGUAAGAAGUGGGAGCAGUUGAAGGAGGAAUAA